AUGGAUGACUUUGUAAUGACAAUUGAGGACGACGUAGAGAUUAAUGCAUAUAACAAAGAGGAGAACGAGGAAAAUGAGGAAACUGAUAAUACCUCAUUAAAAAAAAAUGAUAUAAAUCCUGAUUUCUCGUUUUAUGUGGGCGACGACAAUUUUUAUGUUGACGAAGGCUGGGAUUUUGUGGCAGCUAAGGCUGGAUUAAAACCCAAACUUACUACUCCUUCAAAGACGAUUGACGAAAUAAUUACAAACAAGCGUAAUGAAGUAAAAUCAUUACUAAACUCAAACUUAAAAACGAAUGGACAAAGUAAUUCCAAAAAAGAGGAAUACUUGAACAGCAACAAAGAUCGUGAGAAUGAUUCCAAUAGUGAAAGUAGUAGUGAAAAUGAAUAUGAAAAACAGAGAAAGAAAGAAUAUUUUGCGGACGAGUCUGAGACGAUUAAUUACAACAUCGCUGAAUCAUUUCAGACGAUGAAUCUUUCUCGACCUAUUCUUAAAGGUCUUAGUCAAUUAGGAUUCAUACAGCCUACCCCAAUUCAAAAACAAACAAUUCCCAUAGCUCUUAUGGGUAGGGACAUUUGUGGUGGUGCUAUUACCGGUUCCGGAAAAACUGCUGCAUUUUUGGUUCCUGUAAUGGAGCGUUUAUUAUAUAGACCAAGACAGACUCCUUCUGUACGAGUACUUAUUCUGACACCAACUCGUGAGCUAGCAAUUCAAUGCCAUAGUGUCGCAACUAAACUGGCAUCAUUCACAGACACAACACUUUGUCUAUGCAUUGGGGGAUUAAAUCUCAAAAAACAAGAAGCAGAACUUCGUACACGUCCUGAUAUCAUUAUUGCUACUCCAGGGCGACUGAUCGAUCAUGUGCGAAAUUCACCUUCAUUUACUCUGGACACUAUUGAAAUUUUGAUAAUAGAUGAAGCCGAUCGGAUGUUGGAAGAUGGAUUCUCUGCAGAGUUAAACGAGAUUGUAAAGAAUUGUCCAAAAUCAAGGCAGACAAUGCUUUUUUCUGCCACCAUGACAGAUAAUGUCGAUGAACUAAUUCGUCUUUCACUGAAUCGACCGGUACGACUAAUGAUCGAUCCAACAAAGGCAACUGCGGUAAGACUCAUACAGGAAUUUAUUCGCAUAAGAAAACAUCGUGAAGAAGAUAGACCUUCUAUGUUAGUUGCAUUAUGCAAAAAGACAUUUCGUCGUAAAGUUAUAAUUUUCUUCAAAAGUAAAGCUAUUGCUCAUGAAAUGAAGAUAAUUUUUGGCCUUUUGGAUUUGAAGGCUGCAGAAUUACAUGGAAAUUUAUCCCAAGAGCGACGCAUGGAGGCUCUUGAGGCUUUCCGUGAUGGCAAAGUAGAUUUUCUCUUAGCUACCAAUUUGGCAUCACGAGGUUUGGAUAUUAAAGGCAUUGAAACUGUUAUAAAUUACGAUAUGCCACAAAGUUAUGAGCAAUAUAUACAUCGUGUCGGCCGAACAGCCCGUGCAGGACCAGAUCGUAAGCUUUUAAAGAAAGUGAUCAAACAUGCAACUAAAAGUCAAAUCAGGCGACGUACUAUCGAUGCGAAGAUCAUUGCAAAAUAUCGCGAGAAACUUAAUAAAUUAAAAAAUCAAAUUAAAGAAAGAUAUUUAGUAAACCUGCUCGGACUUGGUUUCAGUCCAAACUAG